AGACUGGUUUCCCUGACAGAGUUGCAGUGAUUUUCUGGGAUACUGAUACUGGGCAGAUGACAACAGCAUUUAAAAUUUUAUCGCACAGUAAGUAAAUUUUCCCUUAAUUUCUUUUUGUUUAAAAUGAACCGGCCUUUACUACUUUAUAGGGGAAUAUAAUAGACAUUGGCCUGAAGCCAUUGACGCUGCGACACUGCGGACCACAUUAAGAAAAUCCGGGCCAUCUGGUCAGUUAAGUACAGUUAAUAGGAACGAAAUCAUGUCAAAGUUAUGUUUGUUUGAAUCUGAAAGAAGCCUCUUAAGAGCAAAGGGGAAAACUGUCGACCGUCUGUCAAGUGAGUCACCAUUAACACAAAACCUGGCAACUUAGUGGUCGGGCGCACCCGGAAAAGCUUUCAACAUCGUUUAUUACUCGCUAAGUGACCGUUAAGGAGCACUUUUCAGUGUUUUAAUGGCGAUUGGUGAUCAGUGUCAUAGUGUUCUUACUAUCAUUAGCAAUAACUUUGUCACUGUCAACCUUCGAAAGGCUGCGACAACGGUUGUAACCACUUCAAGUUAAGAACAAGUUAAAAACAACAAUGCUAAUGUAUGCCAUCAGCGAUAAUAACCCCGGAAGAGAGGAGGUAAAUUGGAUAAAUUCGAGUAAAAAUAUAACAGCUGAUUGACCCUUUAUGAUGUUUAGAAUCCGUCCUUCAAAAAUCACUGUUCACGUCAUAUACUUCGCCUUUUUGCUCUCCUUUGGAUAUGAAAAUAUUGAUAAAACAUGAACAUGCAGUUUAUUAACAUAAAUUGAGACAAUCAGACCUAUGCAAAUUUGCCUCCUCAUUCAUGUUCCAGAUAAACAAGAAAUCAUAAAAUAUUCUACCAAACGCUCGCUCCGUUUAUAGGCUGUAUUCACCUGUGUAUUCGGAGUAAGGCCGGGGUUUUAUCUGAAAAUUUUCUGAACACGCUUAGCCAGUUUUCUACACAUGAAAAGGGAAAACAUCCAUUGAAGCUCCUGAUCCCAUGAAAAACUAAUAAAUGUAUUAUAGAUUAUAUACACGUAUCUCUUAUAUUUGACAGAAGAAUUGCAAUUCUGGAAUUCAGCGAUUGACUUUGGUGGAACAAAAUGAUUUCCUUGAAGGCUUUGACCUUUUUAAAGCUCAUACAAUUCUAUUCUGGUAAGAAUGUUGUAGCACAUUGUUGUGCAAGUUCGAGUUAGUAUUCUUGUGACUUCGUUCAAAGUCGAUCAGAAAGCAUUCUCUUUCAUAUUGGUGCCAUGCUGGACUGAAUUCAUAACACGAAUGUAAUUAUAACGUUACUACUAGCAUUGUCGGCUUUUGUAUUUUUUGAGCAUUAUAAUGAUUUAUAUCUUUAAUACUCUAGUUUUUAAUGUUACUCUGUACAUAAAUUUCACAGCCUUUUAGUUAUAGCCUAUUAGUGCGGGACUGUGCAGUAAUUAUAAGGAGCCGCGGCUGUAAAACCAGAGAGGGAGGCACCUCGUAAAAUCGUACUAGCCUAAAGGAGGGCCGAGAACAUAUAGGGUAGUAGUAUCUAGUUUUCUUUUUGGCAAUCUGUUUUACCAACAAUAAUCAGUGCUGGUUUCUUUCGAGGAUCAUUUAACCCUGGGACUUAGAAGGGGGUGGGGAUGCCCCCCCCCAUAAGAUUUUUCUGAGUUUUUUUCCUAGAGGAUAAAACAUCAGUACCUGACGUUCGGUAGCUGUUUGUUCAUCCCUCGCGCACAUUAUAAGACAAGUUUAGUGAUGGUCAUUUGCUAUCGUUACGAGAUAUGACGACAUAAGUAGCAGGUGGUCAAGGCAAUUUUGGGUGAAAAGACAUGUUUUUUCAAUGUCUUUCAACAAUAAAAGUAAAUCUUGUGGCUAAAAUCAUACAAAGUGCUUAUUUAGGUGUUAUUCUUCAUGUAAAGCAAAAAAAUUACAGUUUCUUACAGUUUUAACCUUAUUUCUUAUUCUUUGUAAAAUCCAAGAUGGCGACAAUUGUUGGUGACGUCACAGGCCUCCAGCAGCGCCACCACCAUAUCAAAAACUCCAGGGAGGGGUUCCAUCUACCCCCCCCGUACCACGGUGGGGGCAUGAAUUUUUUUUUUAUUUCUGAGAAACCAAACAUGAUUUAUCUGUAAUCAAAUUGCAUAACAAAAAAUAUCAAAGAACGAGCAGUACAGUCGAACGUCUCCACAACGGCCUCCUUGGGGAUGGAAGAAAGUGACCAUCGUGGAGAGGUCAUGGGGAGGGGGGUAGGGGUGUAAUAUGACAAUUUUUUGAGGGGAGAAGAAGAAGUUUAUUAUGCCAAGUUCAUGCCUAUUUUAUAAAAUAAUGGUAAUCCAGUCAUAAAUGGAAUAUAGAGAUAAAACAAACACACACAAAAGAAAAAACUUAAAUAAUGUUUUGAAUCAAAAUGUUUACACGACAAAACGAGUAAGGCUCUCAACACUCGCUAUAAGUAUUGUAGACAAUUUAUACUUCCUGUAUCAGAAUAAAUGGAACACAAUCAAAAUAAGAUCGCCGGGAUUAACCACCAACGCGCCAUAAGGAUCGAAUUUCGCGACCAUUCCUGACUUUUUGGCAGCCGCUGAAAAAACUAGCCGUUGUCGAGAGGAUAUUUUGGCAGUCGGGGACGUAGUUUAGGGGCCGUUGCCGUUGUCGAGAGUUUUAAAUAAGAGCCAAUGUAUGGACUGUCCGCCGGGACAAAAAAAAAGUGUGGCCGUUGUAGAGAGGUGGCUGUUAGUGGAGGUUGGACUGUAGUUUGUACCAAAGCCGUGAAAAAUUCUGGUCACACGAGAUUUUAGUUUACUCCUACUAAGCAAAGCAGGGGUGUAUCCAGGAUCUCAAGAGGAGGGUGUCCCUUUUAAAAGACAAAAGUAGCUAACAGAGGAGUGUCCCCUCUGCAGGAAUUACCAUUAAAUGAAAAGACAUUUUCUGCCGAAAGGGAGUGUCAGGUGACCAUCAGGGCACGUGAAUCUCAGCGCACGGAGAGACUACUGAUCAUGGCUAAGAUAAGACAAGAUAAGAUAAGAACUUUAUUUUAGCACGAUAAAAAGAUCAGCAUUGCAUACAACAAUUACAAGAAAAAUAAGGAGUACCGAAAGCAAAUUGUACAAUUAAAAAUAAAAAACUGUCAAAAACGUCAGUAACCGAUAUCUCAGUUUCCAGUUGCAGCUAAAUAGCUUGUCAAAAUGUGCAAUUGAAAAUGAAAACUGUGAAAAGUGUUCGUAACCGAUAUCUCUAUUUUUAGUUGUAGCUAAAAUUAACAGGUUCGAAAUUCAUUUAUCAGUAUCAAAUUUUACAAGACAGCGUUUAAAUUCUUUCAAGGUUUUAGCCCUUGUUUCCUCGUUCGUUAAAGUAUUCCAUGCAAUUGCUCCUCUAAAGCUUAUUGAGUUCUUGAUAAAAUUUGUUUCCCGUCUUGGAAGAAUGAUGUUCUCAUAUUUCUUCUGCGGCCUGAAUUCCCCUGUAAAAACAAACCUUUAAAUUCCGUGACGGUGUAACCUUUUAAACACUUGAAGACAAACUCCGUUAAUCGCAGUUUGUACAUUGUUUCCAGACUGUCCUAUCCAGUUCGCAUUAACACAUCUUCAGCGCUAGUGUCCCAUGGCAACCCAUAUACAAUCCGCCCUGCCCUUGCAUGAGAUUCUCCAAGUUGUUUAGGUGCGUCUUGUUGCACGAUCCCCACACUGUCAGACCGUAUGUAACUGAUGGCAGUAUCACUUUUGUGUAGAAAUCUUAUAAUUGCUUCUGAGGGAGGAAUCACAUGCGUCGGAGUAGACUUAACUUGGAUGCGAAAGACUUCGCUACAUUUGCAGCAUGAUCUGACCAUGACAACUUGUUGUCAACUUGUCUUCCGAGGAGUCUUUCUGCUGUUGUCUAUUUUAUGAUGUUGUUGCCAAGACGAAGAGCUUGGAUAGGGCCAGUAAAUGUUGAUUUACGCUGCAUGAUCAUUGCUUUACAUUUUUCUGGGUGUGGUACCGUCGAAUUUCUGUCGCACCAUUCCUGGAGUUCAGCGAGAACAUUGUUUAGUGAGUUUGUCAGCAAAUCCAUCGUUUCUGCGAUACAGUAUAUUUUUGUGUUUUCUACCUAUAGAUAAGUUUCCUCAGAGCGUUGUGAUUUGGGGAGGUCGUUUGUGAAAGAGCGAGAAUAUCGAGGGUCCGAGGACCGACCCUUGCGGCACUCCUUGAGUUAUAAUGUGUGUAUCGGAGUCGGGUUGAUUCUGACGAAUUGUCUUCGUUCUGUAAGGUAGUUCUUUAACCACAGCCAGAUAUCUCCUCUGAUUCCAAGAUAGUUCAGCUUUUGUAGUAACAUAUUGUGCGACACUGUGUAGAAAGCUUUAGUGAAAUCCACAAACAGUAUUCCCACAAGAAGCUAUCUUUCUACUGCUUCUCUCCACCUCUCAGUUAGGUGUAUUAAAAGCUGUUUUGUUGACUUUCCCUUCCUAUAAGCCCAUUGCCUGCUAUCAAGUAAAUUUUGCGUAACCAUGUUAUUAGUGAUAUUACUUGCGACGCAGAUACGCUAUCUGGCCCCGUAGCUUUCUUCACUUUUACAUGUAUGUAUGUAUGUAAAUCUUUAUUUAAACAGGGGAAAUCAUCAGUUAAGCUUAAGUUAAAAACUAAAACUAAUUACAACUGCUUUACAUGAUUGCCGUGUGGGAAUCCGAUAUAUCAGCUACCUUCUUGAUAUUUCGCUUACAAUACUCAACGGAUGCAGCAUUUUUUUAGUUUUUGGGCAAGUUAUUCCAUAACAUGGCCCCGCUGUAAGAGAAGCUUCGUUUCAAAUAAUUGGUGCUUGGUUUGGACAGGGUCAGCCUUCCCUCAGAGUUUCUUAAGUUGUAAGCAGAGUGACGCUGAGUGAAAAGACUUUGUAGAUAUUCCGGAGCAAGGUCAUUCAUGGUUUUAUACAUCAGUAAGCCUUUUUGUUUCUUUCGUCGAAGAGAUAGCCUCCCCCAGCUGAGGGUGGAGAGAAGGUGGUUUGAGCUCGCAUCAAAGGGUGAUUUAGUAAUAACUCUGGCUGCACGAUUCUGUAAUUUUUGGAGCUUUUCACGCAAGUAACCACUCAAACAGUCCCAGACGGGGCUGCAGUAAUCAAAAAAAUCUCUUCAACGUGUUUACCCCAAGAGAGUUGAGCAUCUGUGGUAAGACCCACGGAUUUGGUAUGAUCGACUCUCUUGAUAAUAUGGUCAUCAAUUCUGAUUUCUACAUCGUCACAUUGGGCAGAUAGUCUUUGUCUUGGUCCAAUAAUCAUUAGCUCUGUUUUAGCAACAUUUAGACUGAGCUUGUUAGCUUUCAGCCAACAGCUAAGGUUAUUUAAUUCAGGGGUUAGAGCUACCUUAAGCUCUGUCAACGUCUUAGCAGAUAACGUAAGGUUGGUGUCACCGGCAAACAUUCUUGGAACGGCGCCCCGCAGGGAGUUGGGAAGAUCAUUAAUGUAAAGUAAAAAUAGCAAAGGACCCAAUAUGCUACCCUACGGCACGCCGCAACUGAGGGUACGAGCAGAUGAUAGUUUUCCACUGACAUUACAUCUUUGGGUUCGGCCACUUAAGUACGAAGAGAACCAUUUUAUAGCUGCCUGAUCGACACCCAAGUAUGACAUCUUACGCAAGAUGAUCUCAUGAUCAAUGGUGUCGAAUGCCUGAGUAGGGUCAGUAAAGACAACGCCAUUUAGAAGGCCAUUGUCGAUGUUUACUGACCAAGCAUUUGUUGCCUCAAGCAUAGCCGUGAGCGUACUAUGUAGAGAACGGAACUCUGAUUGGCAACCUAGUAGCAAUUUAUUAUCAUCUAGAUAAUGGAAAAGUUGAUUAUAAACAAUUCUUUCAAUUCUUUUUUAUAGGGAUUACAGAUAUUGGCCUGUAGUUGUUAGGGUCCGAUUUAAUGUCCUUUUUAAAAAGUGGAGUCACUUUGGCUGUUUUCCAAUCGUUUGGAUAUAUCCCAGUGAGAAUAGACUUUGAGAAUAUUGAGGUAAGAGAGGGUGCGACGAUAUUAGCAGCCAUUUUCAACAAUUUACUCGGAAUCAUAUCAAGACCGGUGGCUUUCUUUUCAUCAAUUUUCCACCAAACGUUAGAAACAAAAUCAACACUCGGAAUUUGCAGAGAAAACGAAUGAUCAGUGGGCUUUAAAUAAGACUCAGGAUUAACAUCGACAACAGGAAUAUCUUGUGCUAAUACUUGCGCAACGUUUGUAAAGUGAUCGUUCAUAGUUUCCGCAAUGCCCAUAGGGUUACUUACUGUUUAUUAUCUACCUUGAUCUCUAAAAUAUUCCUUGACUUACCACUGUUACGUGAAGUUAGCUCGUUGAUAACAUUCCACGUUUUGCGCAAAUUCGCCCUUUGUUGGCUUCCAGGUUGUCAGAAACAUAGAGUUUUUUUGCGAGUUGAAUUGCGUUAUUUGCCUGGUUUCUUGCACACCUAAAUUGAUCCCAUAUAGCCAGGUUAUUGGAGGAGAUUGCCUUCUUUUUAACGAAAUCUCGUUUUCGGAUUUUGCUCAGUAACUCUCUAGUAAUCCAUGGAGAUCGUUUUUUCCGAAUACUUUUGGAUUUAACUGGUGCGUGUUUAUCGACGCAGCCAAGAAACAUUUCUUUCCAUACACGCCACAUUUCAUUGGGAUCAGAAUACAAAUCAACAUAGGCCCAAGGUAGUUGGUUGAGGUCACUUAAGAAUUUUCCUCUGUUUAAGUGUUUAAAUUGCCGUGUUUCAAUCACGCGAUGGCCAAUACGGCAGUGUUGAGUCUUACGCGACAAAGAAACAAGAGAAUGAUCACUAAUGCCAAGGUGAAUACACCGUAUUCACAAAUGGCGGACACGCGGAAAAAAACUGGUGCCUAGUCAUGAAAGCGAGGCGUUGGAGGGUAAACAAAAAUUGCAAAUGAAGACUUUCAGUGAACUUGCAGAGUGUUUAGCACGGAUUCCACCUAAAAUAACUUUGUAUGGACGUCUUUUUAAAUACAAUGACGUGGGACGUCUUCUGCUUUUAAUGUUUAGUACUGAUUUGCUGUUUGCAAUCAAAAGGGACGCGUAUAUCUUCGAGGAAACAGGAUGAUUUGUUGGUUGCCGAAGCAUCAGAAGCUCGACAAGUGGGUGAUGGCUGGAGAAAAGCGGCAAACAUGUUGGCCCAAACUUCAUGCUGGAACCGAAUACGAAAGCCAGCUUACUGCAAUUCUGUAAAACAGAAGUAAAAACAGAUAUUGGUGGCAAGAAAAAAACAAAUAAGCGACGGAUAUAUGGCCUACUUGUCAACGGAAGAGACCUCCGCCAUUACUCAAAACAGGUCAAGUCGAGAGCGGGUGAAAGAUUCAUUCACGAGACUCAUUCUUUCAUGUCAGUGUCAUUUUACACAUAUCUAUGUAUGUCUGUAUUUACAACUUCCUUUGGAUGAUAUUAUAAUUCCGUCGCUUUGGAGUGAAUUGUUAGAGGUACGUUGGCAGAGCUUAGCAAAUUCAGUGCAAAUUUAAAAUCUUUUGAUUUCUUUGUCAUUGCGAAAUAAAAUAAUUUUAUCAAAACUAGACGCUCUAGUGUAUGAAUCUUAUGGCUUGCUAUUUGCCUGGUCUCCUUUACGGCAUUAUCUCGGAGAGCUCUUGGUAAAAAAGUGGUAUAAAGCUCACAUUUUACUAGGUUAAACUUUUAAGGCAAUGUUUAUAUCAGGACUGAACACGGCAAGCUUCUGUUUCGAAUAAUUAAAUGCGAGUCUGGAUCCGUUUAAGAAGACCAUCAUUUUAAUUAUUUAUGUAUUCUUCACUUUUAAAAUAUUAUGGAACAUGAAGUUAAAACUCUUAACAGCUAAAGAUAAGAAAUAGGAAAAUUACUCGCUGAAAUGAAAUGUGGCCGGCUUACCGAGUCUGCCGAGUAACAAGUUGAAAUUUUGAGCUUACUCCACUCGAUCGCUCCUGCAUUUAUACCAAAAAGAUAGUUCUAAUUGAUGUCCUUCAUCGAUAAAGACCAGAGAAUAACGUCCUGGCAAAUAAACACCAAACAUAACUUCAUCCAAACCUCAGUCACCGCUUCUUUCCUUUCUUCCUUUUUUCCAUCUCGAUUUGAACUGUUUUGUUCAAUGGCACACGUCUCUUGCGUUAACAAGUAGCCCAUAUAUCCAUCGCUUAUUUCUUUUUUUCUUGCCACCAAGAUUUUCAUUGUUUAUAUUUCUGUUUUACCGAAUUGCAGUGAGCUGGCUUUCGAACUCGGUUUCAAUGUGAAGUUUGGGCCAACAUGUUUGCCGCUUUUCUCCAGCCAUCGCCCACUUGUCGAGCUUCUGAUGCUUCGGAAACCUAAAAAAUCAACCUGUUUCCUUGAAGAUAUACGCGUCCCUUUUAAUUGCAAACAGCAAAUCAAUACUAAACAUUAAAAGCAGAAGACAUCCCACGUAAUGGUAUUUAAAAAGAAGUCCGUACAAAGGUAUUUUAGGUGGAAUCCGUGCUAAACACUCUGCAAGUUCACUGAAAGUCUUCAUUUGCAAUUUUUGUUUACCCUCCAACGCCUCGCUUUCAUGACUAGGCACCAGUUUUUUCCCGCGUGUCCGCCAUUUGUGAAUACGGUGUAUGACACCGGAAUUUGUAAUCUUCUCUGGGGAGUUCGUUAUACAUAAAUCAAUUAAUGUUUUUGAGUCCUGGGUGACACGUGUUGGUUCAGUGAUUAACUGACUAAGACCAUAUAUAUCGAAAAUGUUUAUCAGAUGGGAAGAAUUAACUGUAAUUGCUUCAGGCAAAAAAUUGCAGUUGAUUUCACCGAGUAAAUAUAAUAAAGAUUGUGGGACAGUUGGACUUACCGCGGUCGGUACCCUUAUGGACAUCAGCCGAGUCGGAUUCCCAGACGGCAAUAUCCUAGUCUACACGUAAAUGGUUAAUCAAGUUUUGAGCUAGGCGCGUGGUGCCUUUCUUGUUUAAAUGAAGACCACUUCGAUUUAAGUGGCUAGUUAUUGAAAUGUUAGAGUGGUCAACAAAGCCCCAGUUCUUUUGCUUGCAGCAUUCCUUAAUAACUUUGUUCACGUCAGGUACUUUACAAGCAAGGGCUUCAUCAUCAGAUCUAUUGAUGAGACCGGAUAUAGAUAUCAUAGCUGAAGAUUCAGAGCUGACUGCUUCGGCUAGGUCAAUCAGUUCUACUGCACAGUCACGAGGAGUAUUGGAGGAUCGUAAACUAUUGGUUCCCACAUGGAUAAUUAUCUCGUCUGGGUUUCUGCGUAGUAGUGGCUUGAUAUGAUCCUUCAUGUCUUGCGUUGUGCAUCCCGGAAAGGUGGCUAUCGUAACUUGUGAAUUCUUGGACAUUUUAUGGCUUUGUAGGUAUUUAAGAGUAGAAUCUCUCUCUAUAAUAACUGUCUUCUGACGGUUGGGCUGUGAAUGAUCAAGUUGAUUUGACGAAUUGAUUAAGUCAGUGUUUCGCGUUCUGAUCUUUGAGGACGACGAAGAUGUUCUGUGUUCUGUGACAGCGCUAUUCCCAUUUUGAUUGCUUACAUUUGUUUCAAUUUGAUCUUCACCUUGAAGAAGCUCAAAAAUUAAAUCCGUUACGGGUUUGUAUUAUAUUAGCGGGCAUUGUUUUCUGGCUAUGUUUUGCAUUUGUACUUCUCGGGUGCGGCUUUGCUAAGGACCAACGAUCACUUGUUUGUAGUUGAUUGUUUUCAACUUCACUCUUUUCUCUCGUAAUGAUUGUUAGUGCUAACUUUAAAGAAUCAUUUUCUUGUUCUAAUGACAGAAAUCGGCUUUCAAGGAACAAACAUUUUUCUUCCAACUCAUUAAUUGCAUUGUCUUUUUUGGAUAUAGUGGAUAAUAACUUUUCACACUUCUUUUUGUAGUCGAGGAGCUCGACACCCAAAGCAUUUCCAUCUUGUUUUUGAAUAUUUUCCAUCGACAGAAGCUUUGUAUUUUCUUGAACUUGCUCCUGAAGGAUCAAUAAAUCGAGUUUCAAUCCCUCAAUAUCGGCAAUGAUUUCUGAAUUUGGUCGUUUUUCAUAACCAUUUAGCAGACUCUCACCAUCAGUCGACGUUUGAAAAUUACUCUGACCACUGUCGGUCUCCUGCAAUAGUGUAGAUGGUUGAAAUGAUUGUUCGCUAGAGCUCAGAGAAUUGGCAUCGUGCGUUUUAGUUGUCUUUCUCGGUUUCUUGUGAACUAAUUCUAUCAGCUUAUCCUUUAAAGCGGGACCAUCGCGGCCCUGAAAAUUCAGAGUUUGUUGUUUCUUGCCGUACCAAUUGAUGAUAACAUUGCCGUUUGAACAUUUAAAUUGCUUUGUAUUCCCACCAGGCGUUAGCCACUUUCCUUGCAAUUUUAAAACAUGUUCCACGAAUUUCUUUAGAGAUUCCAAGUCAUUCAUCCAUACCAACUUUUCCGUCAUUAAGAUGAAGAUACUCUAGCUCACAAGAAUCUGGAUUGAGCGAGGAGGACUCGGUUUCUAAAACAUGAACAGCAUCAGCAUCAGAGCUACAGAUUGAACGUCCGUCCGCCAUGCUUGUAUCAGUGUCUAGAUGCAUUACAGAUUUUUUCUUCGAUUUCCUUCUGACUAAUCGUGAUGCUGGUCAUAGUCGGCGUAUCCACAUUCUCACGGCUCACCAUAAACAGGGGCAGCCAACGACGGUUUCCCCCUAAAGGCAUUGAAAACGCUUUUUAGGCUAUCCAGCCCCGGGGGGGGGGGCACUUUAGGAAUUUCUGGGUGGGGAUGUGCCGCUGGGACCCUGGAACCCUUGACCUAUACCAGAGCUAGUUCAGCUGAAUUUUGCUACCCUAUACUAGAGUAAACUUCCAAAAUCUCCCUAUCCUAGAGUAGCUGUUUCCCCAGUCUAGAUAAAAUCUUCAACCAACUGAUCAGUUUUCUAAAAAAUGAUACCGUAUUCUAGACCCAAACGCUCUGAUUUAUAUACCCUAUCCUAGAGUAAACUGCUUGAAAACCAUACCCGUCACAGCGGCACAUACCCAUAUAGCCCAUAUAUGGCAGUACCCCCGGGUAUCCUGCGUACUUUUGGAUUUCUAAAAAUGUAUUUUAAGCGGCGUUACAAAAUUUGUAUCUGUUCGGUCAUCCUAAGGCAACUUGAGUCUUUUCGAAAUUACAAAGGCUUCGGUAUUAUUUUACCGAAAAUUUUAGACGCGAUUUAAAGCUUUACGAAAGUCGCAUAGCAUCGCAUUUUCGAAUCCGAACUUUUAGGUUUUCUUUUACUACGAAAAAAAAGCUUAAUCUGGGGAGUCAAAUGCGAAAAAUCGUAGGGAAUUUAUAAGAUAAGCUUCAAAAAUUGUACAUGAAUGAAACAGUCAUCUAAAAAUUUUUAGCCUCCCUCAAGCAAUAGAAAAUUCUAGGCAAUUUUUGCUUCUCCGGACAGACAUUUUACAGAAAACAGUCAUUGGGUGCCCACUGCAUAAAUCAAAGGUAGGCACGCAGAUGACUCAGAGCUGCAAUCCAGUGAUUCACAGGACAACUCAGAGGACGAUGCGCAAUCGGACUAUUUGGCUUUGUCGAGCAACAUUACAGUAAAAAACGAGUGAACAUUGGCGGAUCCAGGGGAAGGGCCAGGGGGGCCCGCCCCUCUUAUUUUUAGACCAAAAUGACGCCCGAAGGGCCGAAAAAAACUUUUUGGAGACCGUCCCUCCCAUCUCAGGGUCUAGAUGACCGCCCCCUCCUUAUCUGAAGGUCUGAAUCCGCCACUGGUGAAUUCGUGUAAAUGUAAGUAGAGGAGUUGGUUAUAAUUUCUUUAGUGACCAGGUUAGAGCUAGCGUGCCUUUGUUAGCAGGGACACAACUUAAUAACGCUCUUUGUAAAGCUCAAUUCAGCCCUUCCUCCUGAUGAUUAUUGCACAGUUCCCUAUUCCAUUAAAGGAGAAAUAAAAGCUUUGGGAUUCUAACGAUUUCAUUUCAAAGCUUACAACGGGGAAGGUCGAAGAAACUAAUUAAUUUAAUGGCUAAUGUUACAAUCGAUAGUCAGACCUGCCACCACUAGGAAACUAUGUUAAAUCUGUUAUACGGACAGCCCUCAGGAUUCAUUUCCACUAUAAUUUUUACGUGCGUAAAAUUUAAGUUCGCAAAUAAAAUAGGGGCAGUGUAUGAGAGGUCUCACGUAAGCUUAAAAGUAGAACCUCGCUUAACUUCACGUUUGAUCUCAACACUUUAUAUCCUGCCUCUGUUUUAUUUACGUGAUUAAAAUUUACGUGCGUUAACGUGCGUAGCCAAAACCGCAUCAGUGGAAAUCAACCUUUAGACCUUGGCCAGUUUGAACAGCCUAAUAACUUGAUCAUAGUAGAAUUAACUUUUUUAUAAGAUUCAGAUAUUAAAUAUUAUACAGUAUUUACAGUUGUAUGGUUAAUGACUCUUUGAAGACUCUUUCAAGACAGAAUGAUAUUCUCUCUUGUAGUAGUAUAGUAGGGAUGUUUUACGCCUUUAUUGCGGUGGAAUUUCAUUAACUUGCGAUAGAAUAUAUAAAUGCCAAUAACGUCAUGCCUUUUUUCUUUAUCUUACAGUAAGCUAAGAUCUAAGAUGGGCUAUUUUUAGGUGGUUAAGGGAUCUUGUACUUAUUUCACUUAAAAUCACUGAGCCGUAACGUAAUAGCCCACUUUCGAUUUAUUAAAACUCCAAGAUGACUCCUAUAGGCUUUCGGGACAAAAUUGCAAAUUCUUCACGACCCAUUGUCACGCAAUACGCAGCAGAGACUUGAGCACAAAGAAAACCAAACCAAAUAUAGAAAAAUGACCAGAAAGCCUCGGAGUCAUGUUAGAAUUUUAAUAUGAUAAACGAGGCUAUUUUCUAGCUCUAUGUCCUACCGCCUUCAUUGUCCAUUGCAGACAACAAAUUGUUCCAGUUACGGUUUACACGAGGCAAUUAUACAUAUUAACGAGGACGAAGGCAAAAUAGCUCUUUCUAGCACAAAACACAAUUUUUUAAAUACCCCUUCCCCUUUCUGCUUACGCGCAAAUUAAUUAUUACGCCCCCCCAUCAAAGCUUUAUUUUCCCUUCACCACCACCACCACCACAUUUCUAUUCUUUCCUUUCUCCUCCUCCUACGAUUUGAGCGCCAAAUAAGGACAUGUUACAUCAUCGCUUAAACCACCAAAAUAUAGCACAUGACCUUAUUUUAUUGAGAUUCUACCGCAUUUUAUUUAUAACAUUAACACUUAGGGCUAUCACGUCAGAGAUUCUUCCUUAAAAAAAAAAGUAAAACAUCCAUACCCUACUAUUAACAUUUCAUAUGAGUAUUAUGCUUAUAGCGAUCGUAACCGUAGUGAUAUGAGGUGAUUUUGUUGUUUAGAAACGAACGUUCGACUGACUGGCCAUAACUCAACCUUUGCUGGUCGCGUCGAAGUGUUUUCACAUGGAGUCUGGGGACGUGUCAUAAAUAGUCCUUCUUAUUGGCGUAAGAAGGAGGCUGACAUUGUGUGUAGGCAGCUCGGUUUCCCAGAAGCCAUCACCGCCGUGGGGUACUCAGCUUUUGGAGAGGGUUCAGGACCGGUUUUGAUGUUAAGUGUACGGUGUCGAGGCACGGAGAAAACUUUACAACGAUGUUCAUACCAAGACUGGGUCGACAGCGAUCUUUCGCCAGGUUAUGAAGUGGGAGUGAUUUGCAAGACUUCUAAUUUACCACCUGAUAACAAUGGUAAGCAAUUUUUAUAAAGACAGGACUUUCUUAUUUAAGUUAUCUGGUCACUGAUCAUUUCUAUCGCCUACAUUACUUUCCUUUAAAAUUCAAAUUUCCUGCCCCCUGAGAAUUUUUGAAAGCUCAAAGGCUGAUUGCUGUAAAUGACAACAAAAACCUUGCUCAGUUUUCAAAUCCACCCUAACCCAUCUCCCAAUCUGAUUUCUUUGCUGGUGAUUGCCGGAAUUUAUUUCUUGGCGUGUCAAUCUUAUCGAUUUUCUGGUCGUAGAAGAGUGUUCUGAAAAAGUAGUCCCGGCCUUGACGUGAGGUCCCUAGUGGCAAAAUUGGGGCCGGGAAAACACUCUAUUUUGUUCUUAAAAGUAAGGGAUUCUGGUCGAAAGCCUUGUUUUCUGUUUAUUUCUGCUCUUUUUCAGCCAAGUCUACAAUCGGCGACAAAAUUGUUGAGACAAAAGAAUCCACACCCCUUCCCCCUCCCCAUUGUUCAAAGCUGGGGUGUUUGUUGUUUUCUCUAAGUAGCUCGAUCAGCGGCACAACAUUGCAUGGAGAGGAUGGGGAAGGAAAAGCUUUAUUUUCUCCUUUUGAAGUUUUCUUCUAACAUUUUUUAUUGAAUUAAAGACAGGUUUUACAAUGUCAUUUAAGAAUAAUCAUUAAUUAAAUAAAUUAUACAAUUCCACUUAAUAAAUACUAACCUAAGAGAAAAAAGAAAAAGGAUAACAAUUAUAACGAAAAAAGGAAAAAAAAAAUUCAACAACAACAAUAAAGAUACAAAACUGCUAAGGAAGAAAGUGGCAUUUUUGCGAACCGCUUUGCAAUAACUACUAUUAAGUGCAUUAGUUGGCUUCUCCCACUUUUGAAAAUGGAAAAGAAGUUUAUUUUUCUACCUGGCGAUAUGGAGCGAUGACACGUCUUGCCCCAGCAAUAAAACCUCUAAUCGAAGGUACGCUAUUUUGACAUUUCCUAUAGUAGAUAUAAUAUUUACCAGUUCGCAAAAUAUGAUUGAUUAGAAUAUAGUCUUCUACAAUAUCCAAUUUUCGAAAUAUCACAUCUGAUUGAUUAAUUGUCCCAACAUGAAGAUCAUUAUCUCUUAACCAGGACAAGACAUGUUUCCAAACGUCAGAAGAUAUCCUGCAGGAGAAGAGUAAAUGCUCGACGGAUUUCGCUUCUUCUUUACAGAAAGUGCAGUUUGGCGAUUCUACUACACCAAUUAAACUAAGUUUCUCGUUUGUUAAGAUUAUACAAUUUAAAAUUCUGUAUUGAAAUUCCCGCCUCUUAGGUGCUAUACGUUUCCUGAGGGAAACAUAUAUCGGCAGAAGAGUUAAGCAGCCAAUUAAAAUUAGACUUCUUUCUACCAAAAGAGGGAAUUCCGCGAACAUUUAAUGACAAAAGUUUAUGUUUUGUCGCCCCAUGUCCAAAGAGAUAAGCUGUAAACUUCAAAUGAGAAGCCAACGCUAAAUAUCAUAUAGACGUCCACCACCAAAACAAGGUGCCACUAAGCUCAUUUAAGCUGACCACCGGUAAUUGGUCAGUAUGUGUAUACCCUAUCUACCCUAAUUUCUUUUCUUCGCAUAUCAACAUCAUUUCCCUCGAAAAAAAAAAACAAACAAAACGCCUCGUUAAACGCCAUGACGCGGUCGGUCUUUUUCAGCUCUUUUCCUUUUUCUUUGACGAUUAGAAAAAAUAAAAAAUAAAAAACGGAAACUUUUCCUCUACAGCACUCGGUUUAAUAUUAAACCAGUUAGAGAUUUCUAAGCUCUAACCCUUAAACAAAGUUUGUUCGUUCGUUACCGGUGUGAUAUGUGUAUGGACAACACACCAAAAGAAUUUUAAUCCCAUUUUCGUAGACAAUCUGAUUCGCCUUCAAGGAUCCACCAUACCUUACGCUGGCCGAGUUGAAGUGUUUUAUACAGGAGUCUGGGGAGCAAUCAGUGUCAGCAAGUGGGAUAUAAAAGACGCCACGGUAAUUUGUCGUCAGCUUGGUUACUCUGGUGGAGCGGAAGUGGCUUUAAGUAACGGUGUUUAUGGUCCAGUAAGCGGUCCAGUUUGGAUAACCAAUCUCCAGUGUACUGGAAGCGAGUCAAAUGUUAUGGAAUGUGUUCAUGAUGGGCUUGGAAAGAAAACUGAAUUGCAGCAUAGAGCCUACACCGCCAGUGUCAUUUGUAAGGACUCGUCAUUCACCAACGGUAACAAAAAGUUUCACUUGUAUAGUCACACACAGUUCUGCCGACGUCUCACUUUCUAAUCGUUACACUGCUUCAUAUAAUCAUUAGUUUUUAAAUAAUUUUAUGAAUUCAAAUGGAGUUAAUUAACGUUUAAUGAAUGUCACUAAAUCUGAUCCAACAAGCAAGCAUUAGCUUCAGCAUUUUUUCAGUUUGCUCAAUAGGCCACUUCUGAGUUCCAAGAACCUUCACUUUCAAAAUGAGGCCAAGUGCACAACCUCUCGUGUGAAAAUGAGUUUUAUUUGCAUGAGAAUGAAAAAUUAUUUCCACAUUGAAAGGCUAAGCACUUAACCUCGUUUUGAUAGAGAGGCCCGGGGAAACUCGUAAAAGGCCCGCCUAUUUUAAUCCAUUGCAACUGCCGGUUAUUGUACCCCUGAAGUGAACAGCCUAUGUCAAUUGUCCAUGUGUUAUUGGUCUAAUUGAAGCUUCUUCUAUCCACAAAAUAUUGCAGUAAUGCCGAUUAGGCUACGAGGGUCACACUCAUCAAAUAUGGGACGAAUAGAGGUUCAUUACGCUGGAACGUGGGGUUCAGUUGAUGCAUCAAGAUGGGACAUUAAAGACGCCACAGUCGCGUGCAGACAGCUGGGAUAUCAUUCAGCCUCGCUUUCAGGAUACGGAAUUUUUUGUUCCUCCGAUAUCCCAAUGUGGUUCACUUACUUCACAUGUUUUGGUAAUGAAACAUCCUUGGAACAGUGUGCUCGGGAUUUCAACCAGUAUUCGUCGUCUACAUAUUGUGCAAGUGUUGUAUGUACUGACAAAAUGAAUGAAGAAGGUGAGAAGUAUAAGAUAAUCCUGGCUCUUGUUUCUAUAAUGGGGAACGGGAAACAAGCACGGGGACUGGAAAAUGAAAAAUGUGAACAAAAGCAAACUUGAACCUUAGCCCAGUUAUCCAUUUUCUGUUUUUUUUUUUUGCCAGUUUUCAUUUUGCCGUUCCCUGUUCCUCUUUCUACUGAACACAUCUAUUUUUUCGCAAUUUCAAGAACGUAAUUAUAUAAUCACAAAAUUUAAUGCUGGGAAAUUCAAAUUAUAUGAUGUUUUCAAACUACAAUAGAAAUUGCAGGGCUGCUGUGAUUUUCCGCCAGUUGAUAGCUAUGACUUAAAAACAAAGCCAAAAAACUUAAACGCUAUAUUUUCAGUAUUUUUUUCUCCCACUUGGUGUGUACCUUUUACUGCAGUCUAAUUCAGUAUUGAAGCGCGCGCAGCGAAGCCCUAUACUUAUAGAAAAUGGGAAUUUAUCGAUGUCAGAAAAUUUAGUUAUGACGUCAGCGUACGCCCGAGCUCCCGACUGUCAUACAGACUCAGAGAGUAGGGAUAAAAACACUCGGUACAGGAUAAUUGUUACAGUUUUUGUCUCGUUUUAGUUUCGUCGGACAGUUAGGCGUAAUUAUUUCAUGUCAUGACAUAUACUUACUAAUGCAUCAGUCAAUUCCUGCUCCGCCCAGCCCAGCCCACCCCCCCGGCGGCUAAUGCCUGGCAUUUGCCCCCCCCGUCAGUCCCGGGGGUGGGGCAUUUGCAAAUUUUGUGUUGCCCGGAGGCGGGCAUUUGCCAAGCCCUGGUCUUUUCCCAAGCUUUUGACACGUACGCGGUUUCCUAUCAGAAUAUAACUACACAGAGGUUUUUACUGGAAAAACAUGCAUAUUGGCUCAUCUGUCAAGGGCAAAAAAAAAAAUUGAAGAUUGUUGGAAAGGCAUGUUCUCCAUUUUAUGCACGCAUUUCUUCAUUGCUUAUCAAGCCAGAAUUACACAACGAAAUCGGGAGCUAUCGACGUGAAUUAAAGCUUUUUAGUUAAAUUGAAUCAGAUUUUUGUUGAUAUUACAUGUAUUUGAAGAACAUCUUUUCAUAUUUACAGUAUAAAACUAUUGGUCAUAACACAUAUUAACUUUAUAGCGCUCUAUUAAUUUUAAGGUCCAUAAUUUUAUAACAAUACUAAAACCAUAAACUGGGGUCGUCGGAGCGUUAAGUCUUGAUUGCCCCCGCAGGGAUUUCGCCCAGAAGGCGAAAUCCCGAGGAGGCACUCUAGUAGUCGCGCGUAUAUUAAGGAAAGUACUUACAGUUGAAAUAUACAGUCAAUAUAGAAAAAAUCUCAAUUUGCUUGAACAGGGGCCGCGAGGAAUCGGUAGGUAAUGAUGACGUUUCUAUGGUUUGCGCCCGCAAGUACGAAAUGGUUAGGAUGACGUAAAGACAGAGCAUCACCAAGGGACCGCUUAGCUAGAUUUUGUGACAUUUAUUGUGCAGUCAUACUUGGACACUGGGGGGAGGGGCGCCUGGGCGCAGCUGGAAUUGACUGACGCAUAAAGGUUUGAGACAGAAAGACGAUGUCAAUGGCCUCGCGUAAAGCUUUUAAAAAUAUGCACAGGCUUAAAUUAAUUUUCUGAUUGCAAAUGGAAAGAGGAAGGUCUUAUAUAGGAUACCCAGUUGCAGUAGUUGCAGUUAAAAAGUAAGGGUAAUUACCGAAAGUCUUGCUUCGAGACUCGUUCAUCUAUUAAAAAAAAAACAAAAAAAAAACAACCAACAAACACAAAGAAAGACAAGGUUUUCGGAAACAUUUCAGAUUCUACUAGCUGUCUUGAAUAAAAAGUGUUGAAGUUGUACAUCUUUCAUUGUAGUUUUAUUCAUGUUUUGAUUGUCAGUCAUAAUUUUGCAAUGUGUUAUGCAGGUUUUUUCUUCCUUUCGAGGACUGCCGGGUCAGAAUGACGAGUGAAUAAAAUGUCUGGAAAUGGUUUAGGCAUGGCGUGUGAUUUGUGCCUGUGUUUACACAUUAACGAACAUAUUUUCUAUCAGUCUCGCCGAAAAGAAAGUACAUAUGUCGAUUAUUCUACCGAUCGACAGACUCGUGACUUUUCUGUAGUUUACGUCUUAGCGCACAUUUAGCCGCAUGAAAUACACAACACGCAAAGGGCAGUUUGUGUAGACAGCAAAAUUGUGAUUAUUCAUAGCGGGAAAUGUUAAAUAAGUUAUCGACCUUCCUUUCCGGUAGGAAAAAAAAAUAAAAUAAAGUAUAACUUAUACAGCUACUGUUACUGAGUAUCAGAUAUUGUGAUAAAGUAUAGUUUACACGUAACGGUUUGUCGGUCGAGUAUUGCAAAGAAAACAUAUUUUCGGCUAAACACAAAAAUCGGCCUAAUUUACCAUUUGGGUAGAAUACCUUUGGGACGGAAAGAUUCACCAAUAAACAUAAACUGACUGUGAACUGAAUGACAACAAGCCUUUAUUAAACGGCAUUACAUUUUAUGGGCUAUUAGCAAUCAAAGGGGUGUGAUCGGGGGUCGGUGAUGCACACGUAUGGGGAAGAAUUCCUUUUGAAGACUGUUACUGUGAUCGAAUUUCACAAUAAUUUUCCCUUUUUGUUUUAAAAUCAGAUAAGAAUAAUCUUCUGGAUUUGCAUAGGUUGAAGCUUAUUCAUUUCACUUUUUUGGUUUUAAGUAAUUUUAAAAAAGUUUUUAAAUGGACGCUUCACUUUUAGCCUUCUCUAAAUCUAUAUUAUUCAAACUGGGAUUUCCGGAAACAUAUUUAGGCGAUUUUCGUGAUAUUUGUAUCUAGGCCUAGGCUGAGUGGAGACUUAUCCUUAAAAUGCCACGAAAUCUAUUUUUUUACCUCUAGCACCCGAGUUGAGACUAAGCGACUCUCCAGUUCCUCACGCUGGCAGAGUUGAACUUCGUUUCAAAGGUAUCUGGGGAACGAUUUUCCAACACAAUUGGUAUUACACUCUCCGUCCUGGAGCAACUCGCGUAAUAUGUAGACAGCUUGGAUUUUCGGACGCUGUGAUAUCUGCUGGUUAUUCCGUGUAUGGACCCGGAGUGGGUCCCGAGUGGUUGGAGAGUUUCGAUCUGUAUGGAUGUUUGGGACACGAGAAGAACAUAUUGAAUUGCUCAUACAGCUCACCUCGUUUUACAAAUUAUGGUCAUAGCAGUGAUGCCAGUGUCGUAUGCAAGCCAAAUUCUCCACAUGCCAGUGGUAAGUAGGAAAAGCUUAUGAAUCAGUCAAUUCUACAUGCCACCCUCACCCAACUAACACAGCACCACCCCCACUCACGCCCCCCUCUUCCCCCACGCGACGUCCCGGCAGGAAAGGGAGAGGGGGAAGGGUGAUAGAUAUAAUACUUGUUUAGCCAUACAUUGCACUUUUUUCUUCCCAAAAGCCGUGAACUACAAUAAAAUAACAACAAUUAAACGCCUGUGAUAAAAUUGACACAUAUACAUCAAUCUAUCAUAAUCAAGAGAGGAUAAAGGGGACAGAGAAGGCAUCCCCCAUACACACCCUAUUCCAUAGGUAAUUCGUCUCGAGUUAUUUUUAGAACCGGGAUAAAGUUACCUCGCGCGCUGCAUGGAUGUUUCGUGGAGGUUUCGCAUAACCAAACGCCGUGCAAAACAUGUCGGGCGAAAGGCAAUAAAAGCGUAAAGAGAUCGAGAACAUUACUGAAUGCUGACGCGAAAUGAGUCGGCGCUCACCUGGGAAAAGGAAAUCGCUAGACUCAGUUGACAACCCAUGAAAUCAGUUUAACUCGAAGUUGUCGUAACCUCAGUGCUUUAAUAAAAUGAGAAAUUUCGCCGGUCUAUCGAAACCGGUCGUUUGUACAAUAAAGCAAGUAGGAAGCCAAGUGUUAUUUUUGUUGAAUAAUGAAAGACUAAUAAAAAAAUAAAUAUUGAACCAGAAAUUUCUCUCUUCAAACUGUAAAUUAUAAAUGAUCCUGAGAGAAUAUUCAGUGUGUUAAGGAUUUCUCUGCUGUACUGUUAACUCUAUACAAGAGAGGAAGGGCGAUUCUUUUUUAAUUUCCGUUUCGCUGACACAGCUUUAGCAGAAAUCUCUCUGUAGUCGUUUCCGUUGACAAAACGAAUAGCAAUAUCGCUCUCCGCGUCUUCCACCAUUUUGUUUUGCGUCAAUUCGUGAAAGACGCGUGGCUCUGAGCGUGGGUCAUCCACGUGGAACACAUUCGCGCUAUGUGAGUGGCUGUUGUCUAAUCACCCUUGGGGUUUGCGACUUCACAAAUAGCAAGAGCGACAAUUACCUGUGGAAUAGGCUGCGUAUGGGGGAUGCCUUCUCUGUCCCCUUUAUCCUCUCUUGAUCAUGAUACCCUACCCUAGGAAUAAUCGUUAUAAGAGUGUUCAGACAAGUAACGGUGAAGAAACUCGAUAGAGAGAUUGAGGGAAUCUACUAGUCUCUUCCUAAUAGCUCCGAACGAUCUUUCGCAUUUUAAUUCGUCUGGUAAUGCAUUCCAGAAUUUUGCCCUAGUACAAGCAAAACGUUUCCAGUAACAAUCUGUUUUAACUGCCGGCGAGGCUAGAUUGUAUUCCAUCUUGAGGUCUUCAGAUUAUAUGCUGAUCGCUCGGUGUUACUCGAAAACAUUUCCUCUAAUUAGGCUGGGGUCAUAUUAUCUUAUCAUGUUUAUUUACUUUUGGAGUUCGAAUCUCGCGGGAAAAGUUGUGUUAGAAAGGGAGCAUGGCCGUCAAGAUGCCAUCUCGUGCCUCCUACCUUGUGUAUUAUAUUGUAUGGAGGGUGAAUUCGUUGGAGUGUUAAGGAAAACAACAAGUAUAUAACUGCAGAGUAAGUAUUUAAAUGACAGGUUGAACAAAUCAGUUAAUAAUAAUAAUAAUGAUAAUAACUUUAUUUCUUUAGCGCUGUUAUCCUAUGUUCAAGGCGCUUUACAGUCAUGUAAACAACAUUACUGAUAAAUAUUUACAAAUUUACAACCAUAUCCUAAUUAUAUUUACAAUGAGUAAAAAAAAGGAAAAAAUGAAAACUAAAGCAACUAUUGAACUAUUUUAUUCGUAAUGAUUAAAAAGGGGAAAAAUUAAAACUAACGCAUUAUAUACAAAUCUAUAGAAACAAUGAUCUGUUAUUACUGAAUUUAGUAAACAAGUACGUCUUAAGUGACCUUUUAAAACUCGAAUUGUCUGUUAAUAACUGGAGCAACAAACUUGAGGAUUUUAUUGCAUAUUUGAUCCAAACCAGUUCCAUUGGCGACAUCUAGUUUUGACAGUAACUUUAAACAGAUUUCAUUUCAGUAAACUUAAAAGAGGACAGUUCUCGUUUUAGGUGAUCUUCAGCAUUUAUAGAUGAUGUUGGAGUUGUUGUAGCAGAUUUUGUUUGGACCAAUGAUUAUGGUUUAGGUUUUUUUUUCUUUCUAGUUUUAGUCAGUUAGUUGACUACUUAGUCUUCGGAUAGCCAUGAAGUUAUCUGCCAUUUUCUAAAGUUUACUCAUACCAAAACAGCUGGACUGCCGCGCAGCUGCCUGGAAACGAGGUUUGAUUGUACAUUGGGGCAGUAUACCAUCGAAUCGAAUCGAUUAUAUCUUGGCUACAUCUUUCAAAUUAUUAUGGUAAGCGCUUGAUGAAGAAUUAGUCGGAGGAUUUGCAGGCCAAUCAGAAAAGGAGAAAUACUUUGAAUUAAUAAUGAUAAAGCCGUCUGUGUGCUUAUGAGGGCAGGAGUAUAAGCAUAAACAUAAAAGACUGCCAAAUACACCAUUAAAGUACCAAACUUUUCCGCGCGAUUUGAUUACAGACAGACUGUUGAUAUCGCAGGAAAUUUGCUUCCUAUAUUUGCCUAAUUGGGGCACAGUGUGGAACAGCAGGCAAUAAAGGAAUCGACAUACCUAUAUCGCGCAGAAUAUCUGGACCACAUUGAUUUUCCAUAAACAGCGCGAAGCAACAAGUUAGUGCUUUGAAAUAUCCUUGUUAAGAGAAUAACGCCCAAAUACGCACCCGUUGGGGUUGAUCAAACCCUCCUGUUUUUAUCCGCGUUUACCAUUCAUGUGUUUCGUUGCAGACUUUCAGGUUCGCUUAAAUGGAUCCAGCCUCUCUUCUGCGGGCACAAUAAAUGUGUUGUAUUAUGGAGUCUGGGGUGGCAUUUCAGGCUAUAAUGUUGACAUUCGUGUAGGGCACGUGGUUUGUCGUCAACUGGGAUAUUCUAGAGCUGAGCAGAUUUUUAGCUACGCAUCGUAUGGGCGAGUGAUAGGCCCGUUGUGGAUACGGAGCAUACAUUGUAAUGGCAACGAAACAGAAAUAUCUCAGUGCACAGUGGAAACUUGGGACAAAAUCUGGAAUACCUCAUGGUAUCACUGGUAUUAUUAUUAUAGUUAUUUUGACAACCCACGAUAUGCAGCUGGUUUGCUGUGUAGUAAAGGAAAUUCGAGCCUUUCAAAAGGUAAGUACGGUGAUAAAUAUUUGAGAAAACAGUCUUCUUUUCCACUGCCCUUUUAACAGGUCAUAGAAAAAUAAUUUCAUCCCCCACCCAAAAAGGGACGUUUUUACAUGUUCCUGGUCAUUUUCAAAAAUAUAUAUAUGAAGUUUAAGAUGAGACCUAAAAUCAAGAGGACGAAUGGCACAAAACAUCACAAAAGACUGGCUGCUUCUUCAAAGCAAACAGCGAGUAAUGAUUUUCAGGCUGCAGGAAGAUAGUGGGAGGAGGGAGGGAUAUAUUGAGUACCCAGAAAUGUCGUUGACCCCAAACCAUAAUUCGCAGGUGAUGAAGAAAUACCGUUGAAAAAGAACUAACAAAUCAGGAGUAGUAAAAGACCGAAAAUCUUAAUUCCUGUCUUCAGAAAGAAAAACCAAUUUUGCUGAUGAAUCUUCUGUUUUGGAAGCAAAAGCUCCGAAUUUAAAAUCGUUCUCUCCAAUGAAAGAACUCACAUUUUUCUUACUUUUAAAAGUUUUAAAUGUGAGGUUGGCUGGUGCAACGAUCUCCAAUGCUGGAAGAGUAGAAGUAUUAUAUGCAGGUGUGUGGGGUACGAUUUAUGGCUGGAAUUGGGAUAUAAAUGCUGCUAAAGUCGUAUGUCGCCAGCUGGGAUACCCUGGAGUUAUAUCAUUUGGAAGCAGCAAUCAGUUUGGUAUCGGAAAUGGACCGUCGUGGUUUCAAAACGUGAGAUGUCUGGGGAGUGAAUCCAGUUUUGAAGAAUGCUCAAAAGAUACCCUGGGGUAUCCGAAUGGCGGCUACUCGUCAGUGGCAACGGCCAUGUGUAAAUCCAAACCCCAACCAGGUGAGAUUAGUAUAGAAGUGAAUAAUAAUUUUUAUGUUUGGUGACACUGAUUGAAAGUUAUCCUCAAACGAUCAUUUUCAAAAAGCCGUGGCAGCCAGGAAGGGUAGACUGAUUGCCCCACAGUUAGAACAUUUAGUAGAAUUUCUACAAAAUCCCUUUCUAUUCUAUUCUCUUUAAUUUUCCUGGGUCGACUGUAACCCCAGAGGAAUUAAACACUCAUUCCACGUUAAGUGGGUAAAUUACCAUUUUUUGGUGUCCAUGGAAAUUUUGGGAGACUCAGAUGGUUUUCCCAUAAUCAUUUCGCUAAAAAAAUACUUAAAAUAUGCCCAAAUAAAUAGCGACAGUACCUAUUUGUACUCCUGUAGACAGUAACUUUGAGGGAAUCAAGUCCAAAAGUGUCCAAAAAAUGCAAUUUUGCUAUGUCUGCAGAGAGGGUGUGUAUAGAAGGUUACGGUAUAUUUCUGUGCUUGUCGCCUUAUACUAUGGAAACUAAUCAAUCCAAUGUGUCGGGAGGGACCUAAACUAUAAAAUCCUACAUGAUCAUUUCUCACUGCAGGUCAGUUUUGUUGCUUUUAACUACAAUGAACUGGUGUCCGCUAUUUUUAUGAAGUUCCGUUACCGAUCUGAGGGUAGAUCACAAAUGGCCUGAAAUAUCGCGAAUGAAUUACAUCGGGUAAAUAUCAUUAAGUUUGCUCUUUUCGAUACGCAAUGCAUAAAGUGAUAAGCAAAAGCCUGUAGAAAGAAAUUGCAUCUCACAAUAGCAAUGAUUUAAGGUGAACAGUUAAGGUUGAAACUUCCGUUAUUAAGAUUACAGUAGGAAAAAAUGAAAAGUGGGUCGUGCUGAUUUUUGUGGUGACGGAGGAACUAGUGAGGAUUAUUAUGGAGUAUGUUUGGUUUUUCCGUGUUAUUAAUUUCACUUAAAAGUGUAACAGAAAAGGUAGAAUUUUAACUUCCGUUACCAAGAAUUUUUCCGGUCUCUAAAACGUGGGAUAAACGUCAGGUAAAUUUCGAGAAAUGCUGUCACACGAUUGCCCCAUCAAACAACUCAAGCCUUGACAUCUGGUGAAGAUUUCGUAACAAGUAACCCUCACACGUGUCCCAUUGGUAAGACACCUCUCUGUCAAGUGUCACAAGGGAAUUUUAGCUGAGUUCGUGGUUCACGGAGUUUUUUGCAUAGUUUAAAGAAGUUUAUUUUCCCUUGAAGCAUUUAUUGGCAAUUUAGGAAUAUAAGAUGAAUAUGACACGGGCAUUUUGAUAAUUUUAAUUUUUUUUAAAAGUAACGGAGGUUGCACAAAACAGGAAGUGGAUUAUUUGAAACUGUUUUUGCAAGUUCAACCUUCUUUUCUGUGAAUGGACUUUACAAUAUUCAUGAUCUAUUAAAAUUCUUGUACGAAUUCUAACAGAUUACCAUAUGCAUGCAUCUGUUAUUAUUUUUUUUACUUUCAAUUUAAUCUAUUUUGCUCAUUUAAUUUGUUCUUGUUAGCCUCGCUCCACCGAAAAAUUCCAGAAAUUCCAUCCAAAAUUGUUUAGUAUUAAUUCAAUUCAAUGGAAUAAGUUAUAUGCAUUGCCAUUUAAGACGGUCUGUAAUCCCAAAAGUGAGUCAUCGAAAGAAAAAUGAAAUAUUAUCUUCCUUCUGUAAGUUCUUCAGUUACCGAAACUUAGUUGAUAAUCACUCAUUUUCUACUACAUCACAUGUUUUCAAACUAUAAUACAGGUAAACAACACCUUCUUUCCUACACAUUUAGCAAAAUAAUGUUUACUCUAACGGCUUUUUUAAAGAAAAAAACAGUAAAAACAAAACAGCAAUUUCAAAUUCUCAAUAUUUUGUUACGUCAGACCAAAGUACACCGCCAUGGCAGAACAACUUGACUUUUUCAUUCCUUGAGCCACUGACUGUAAAUGUAAAACUCAGACCUUAGCCUGUCACGGAUUUCAUUUUAAACAUUUUAGAGUAAGCCAAAUUUUAAAAAAAUAGAUAUAAUGCAACAGUGUGCUGCUUCAAGCCAUACAAAAUAUCACACUACAUGCUAUUAAAUAACAGGCUGUAACCUUUUAUAGAUAAAAGAUAUGUUGACCAAAUUUUGGUUUCUCACCCUUCAAUAAUACAUCUUUUAGUUAAACUAACGACUUGUCUGAUCUGUUGACCUUCGAUUUUUCGAAAAUCCUUCGCACAAACUUACCCACUUCACGUGGAAUGGGUGUAAAAACAAAGGUUAUACAAAAUUUUGGGGGCAAACAAGGUGUAUUAUGAGAGAUGUGCAAAGACUGCAAAUAGUGAAUGCCCAAAAAUCACGACUGCUCAGCAGCAAAGCAAUUCUUGGCAGUUUACUCAACUGAUCCCUGUGUUAUGGCUACUCGUGGAAAUUCUACAGAAUUUUCACGCCAUCUGCCAAUAGUUUUGUUCGAAAAUAUAAUAACAAGUAAUGCGUGAGGAAUUUAACGGCUUCUUUAUCAUAAAACAAAUAAAGAAGCCUUUCAAGACUGUACUCAGUUCUGUUCUAUUGUAAAGCACUCACGAAGCGGCUAGAGAACUCAGGGAGAAACACUUGACCUACGUCUCGUGUUUCCCCUACGGCUUCUUUCGUGCUCUAGCCGCUUCCUAAGUGCUUUACAACACAACAGAACACAGUCAAGGCUUCUUUAUUUGUUAACUGAUUGUUUUACAUAGAUAUUUCCCGGCGAGAAACACUUUCCUAAUCUCAUUAAAAGAAUUUGGAAUUUUUAAAUUUCUAAGCAUUUAUGCGCUCGCGGUUAUUUUGACACUUUUCUCAGAUCGCUUCAAUUUUCUUUAAUUAACAUAUUUAUGCAUUUAGACAAAGCGUCAUCUGAAAAUUGCUCUACUACGACGUGUUCAAGCAAUGGGACAUGCAUAAACACCUCAUUUGGUCUUAUAUGCAACUGUUCAGAAGGAUUCACAGGUCCAAGUUGUGAAAUAAGUAAGUAAAAGCAAGGGUAAAUUACAAUUUCAAUUUGUAAUAAGUGGUAUGUACUCAGUUAGGUUCGCUCUGUUGGUUUACAGGGCUUAAUCGUAGUGUUUUGUACAACACGUCUUUAAUCCUUUUACACCCAGCACCAGCCCUUGCAAAAUCAAAAAUCAUCUCAUCCAUUUUUAUUCUUAAGGGGCGCGAUCAAUUCAACCAAAAUUUCGGUCCAAAACUCAAUGGAUCGGUUCGGUCCAACCGAAAAAGUUUCGAAAAAACGGGUUCACCUUCAACCUCGUCCCCAGGGCUUUUCCCUAAAAACGUCCUGGGCACGAGGUUGGUCCACCUUUUGAGGUCGACCACAUUUCCCGGUCGGACCGGUUGGAAUUUUGGUUGAAUGGAUCGUGCCCCUUGGCUUUCAAGUGACGUCAAAAAAUCCGAACUCCAAAUCCCAAGGACUUUUAAGGUUUUAUUUCCAUCUAGCAAAAGAUCUUUUAAAAAUAAAUUUCUGUGCAAGUUUUCAACGAGAUAGCGUUUUCUGUUUUUAUAAUAUAGCUCUUUCUUAUUUCCAAAGUUUACUCCGAGUGACAUUAAUAGGGACCUUACGAUCCGACAACGGCAACGUCCAUGAGAACGUCGCAGAAAAAUAGACUUCGCAUCCUUUAAACUUUUGGCGAUUAUCCCGAUUCGCCCUGUUAUUAAAAAGAAGUGACUUUUGAUUGGAGCGGAAGAGAGGGGACCGUGCCCGAAUUCAGACAGAAAUGGUAGAAUUUAUCGCCUUGCCGUUCCCGUUCUUAAGUAAACUUUAAAUUUUGCCAUUUCACGUCGUAGUUGUGCAGGGACAGCAAAGAAAUGUAAAAAUAAGCGUGAUGCAUGAGCAGACUUGUUGUUUGCUGAUUAAACUGUUGCUCUUUUUAGGUUCCCGUUGCCGGUCACCGUCGUAGUUUCGUAAGGUCCCUAAUAUGGCGACCGAGAAGGCCGUCACACAUUUUAAAAAAUAAUUUUAUCGCAUGAUAUUAUGCCCUUUGAAUGGUGAAAGUAUUAGAAAAUGUAUUAAGGGGAAUAAUUUGCUCUUUCGCAGUGAACAACUGAUCAAAUUUGUGGCGAUAAUGAAACCAGAUGUCUGCAUUAUUUCCGGCCGCCAUAUUUGUUCUCCUCGGAGGAGCACAAAUAUGGCGUCCCCAUAGUGAGCCCUAUAAAUUUCUGUUACACAUUUUGAAGAACAACUCAGCAGCGGAAAACUGCACAGACGUGAGACUUAGCCAGGUUGUUAAUUUAUCGGUAUUCUAUAAUAUCUGAAAUUCUUAGCUUCAGACAUUCCACGGUUUUGAUUUUAGUUUUUGAUGGCAUGACAGUGAAAACCACCAAAAUAGCAACAUUUUUUUCUAAUUGCAUUUUGUUACUUCGUUGUUUGUCCCGAAUCACUGUCCCUAGCAGUUCGAAAAAUAAUGUUCUGAAAGAUUACCUAUCCCGCCAAGUAUCCUGAAAUAGAGAAAAAUACACAAAAAACACUGGUUUCUAUUAAAAAAAAAAAAAAAUAGUUUGACAGUUACAUUAGAUACCAAAAAAAAAAACAUUUCCCUUGCUUUGUAGGCAACAUGGAGUCAUUAGCUUUAAAUUUAUAUCAUUUUGAUAUGUCUUAGAUGCUAGUUUUACAUGGUGUUAUAAAAGUGCUAUUACCAACAACUAAGAACACUGGUAGUCUAAGAACCGGUUUGAAUCGGAUGGGGCCCUGACUUUUUGUCAAUUGUGGCAAGCCAGGAAAGUGUGUUGCAGACAGACACACACACAUCAUUCUUGUUCAGAAUGGAACUAGAUUACGACAUGAGAAAGACAACAGCGGCUAGGCUUUGCCUUAGAAAAAAGAAAAGCAAACGGUACUCAGAAAGAAAUUCACUAGUAUCUAACAAAUGUUUCAGGAACACUAAGCCAGUGCAAGUCUUCACCGUGUCAAAAUGGCGGUCGGUGUUUUAGCGAUGGCUUUUCGUAUCUUUGCACAUGCCCAAAAGGACUUACAGGACAACACUGCAAAGAAAGACUAGUUGUGGGUAAGUUGUAAGUUUGAGAUUUCUGUCCAGAAUUCAGACAAACAUUCAGAUCAUUAUGAUUUUCCGCGGAAAAGAUAACCAUGUGUGGCCGUUCUUAAGCCUAUAUAGUUUGACAAAUGUAUUAUCCCUUGGAAAACAUGAGAAGUGGUUUUGCCCUAAUUUUAAUAAUCUAGCUAAAACUAAACUUGUACUUCACUGUAACGGCCUCGAUUUCGGGAAAAAACAAUUGAAAUCUUUAGAUGUAGGCUUUAUUCAGCUAGAGUUUUAGAAAGCCAGCACCACAGUCCGCCUGUCACGGCUAUGCCACUGACGAGUCUAUAAAGCCUUCUUCACAGUUGGGAGCUUAACACUUACCGAUAUGUAAUGAGUAAUACUUGUACAAAGAUCAUGGCGUGUUCCUUUUUUUUUUCUUUUUUUUUUUUUCUUUUUCUAUCUUGUAUCACCAAAGCCAGCAACCCGUGUCAGAGCUACCGAUGCUCUGAGGACAGUGCUUGUUAUCACAACGACACUGACUUUACCUGCGUAUCACAUGCACAAGAGGACAGCAACAGAAAGAAUUGUUAGAUUUUCUCCAGUACCAGGCGCGGAUCUAGGAUAAAUACGGACCGAUUUCCUAAACAAGGCGGAGUCCCGGGGCAUGCUUUCCCAGGAAAUACUAUUGGAUUUAACUCCCCAAAGUCCCCAUACCUGGGCUUCUGAGUCAUUUGGACAGCAUAUUGGCCAGUUCCAUUCUCCUCGGAUGAAGCCUUACAAAUCGGCGGAAUAUUAUUAUUGUUUCUAAUGCCUGGAAAUUAGAGGGAGAAAAAUAAUCCAAACCAUUUUCUGGAAAACUUUUUUUUUUAUGAAAUAUCUGACCGAUUUCCGUAAAACCGUGGAAACCGGUGCGGAUCCGCGCCUGAUUACAGUGAUUUUCAAUUUUCCUGGCGUUGACCAGCCAUUAUAUAUGCUGUGGAACGGGUAUUGUUUACUGUCCUUGAAUCCUUUGUAUUGCGACAUUUACUCAAGUCUUACACCUCGAGGGUGAACAAAACUUUCUAAAACACCAGAAGUAUAUUAUAUUUGCCCCGCAGGCCUCCGCUUCUCCCCUCCCCUAGAUCCCCCACUGAAAUGCAUUACGGAAAAUGAUGACGUGUUAAUAAUAAUAAAAAGUAAAAAGACAGCAAAUGUUUAAUGCUACACGUUUAAUUUUAAUGAGGAAAAUGGAUUCACGGGUGUUGUUCGUAUGUUUCGUAGCUCAAUCUACCUCAACCAGCGAAAAAACAGUCCCUGAAACUUACCUCAUCGUGGGCCUGUCAGUUGCCGUUGCACUUGCGUUUGUCUUUGCUGCUGUGACUGGCUGUCUGAUCUUUAAAAUCCGUCGGCUGACGAACAAUCAGUCAAACCACUCAAGGGCAGUUUUUAGUAACAGGGCGUAUCGCGCUGACUCGGAAAGAAAACCUGAUGACGAAGCGUCAAUAAACGAAGUCGACCUAGGCGUGGUACCAAGUCCGGUUGGUCCGGGUCCUAAGUCUUUCAUCUACGAGAACCCUUCUCGCCCUCUUCCAUCAGUUCCUCAAACCAGCAACACAAAGGCAGGACCACCAUCUUCCUCUGCGAAGCAAACAACCCGAAGUCAUUAUGACAAUGGGACCAAAUCAGGACAAGCUGAAAGGCAUUAUAUGGGAUUGACAACUAAAAACGGGAACAAUAACAGGCCAUUUUCCCCUGAGCCAAGCAACUACAUGUCUUUGUCGCCAGAGAGACCAGAAGUUGGUUCGUAUGUAGCGCUUGCAACUGCUCGCCCGCAGACGCCAAGACCAGUGAAACCGCGACAGGGAACCCACAAAAGAAAAAGUUAAGUAAGAGAUAGUGACACUCACACGAACACACAGGGCUAAUGUUAAUACGUGAAACAAACAAACCAAACUAUUUUUAAUUCCACAACCUGAAGGAGGUUUACAUAGAGGGUGCAACUGAAAUGCUAUUCAGUUUAGUAUUUAGAUGUAGGAAGUAUAUUUGCGAUAAUUAUUCCUUUCACUCAUAGUAAAAACAUAACGUGUAGAAUUCUAAACGCACGGUAUCACAAAACAUUGACCAUUUUUACAUCACCAAUAAUACACCUUGUCUACUCCCCAAAAUUUUGCGUGAGAAUUGUUUCAGGGGCACCCAACGAGGAUAUAUUUCAAAACCACUUAACAUAGCAUUGUUGAACGUAUUUUAGUAUUCAAACGGUAGAUAUAGGCAUAUUUUUAUCCCCUAAAAACUUUUCAUCUGUUCGGAUUUCCUAGCUGAAAGUCUAGUGAUCCGAAAAUUAUAGGGAUAAACACUUACCUUCUCGAAAAUUUCAGCCAGGAAAAGGCUCCCGAAACUUCUAGGUGGCCUUUUUUAGGGUCAAAAUCCGUUAAAAAUGGGUAACUAUACCAUUUUGUAGAUGUUCGAAAAUCCUAGGAGAGGCAGGCAAGCAAGAAAUUUUACAACAAAUGCUCCGAAAAUUCUAGAUCUCAAAUCGUCGUCCGAGCAGAUAUUUUCCCGAAAAUUGCCGUUGGGUGCCCCUGUUGUCUCCAAUUUCUCCUUGGUUUUGGCAUUCGUUCCAAGAAUGAAAUUUUUAAGGCAAUUUCCUAAUUGCCCAAAACCUCUGUUUCAAAGUGCAAAGUGUGAAACCAUUGAUAAGAAACUGUUUUUUUCUUUAUUCCCAUGCAAAUAGAAUUUUUUUUCAAGAAAGGUUUAGCAUCGUCUUUAAAGUGAGAGUUGCUCUGAACUCGGAAAUGGCCUAUUGAAGACGGCUUAAUAUGCACAAUUUUGAAGGAUAAACAAGUUGUACUGUGGGAGAAAGUAAAAAUGGUUAGUGUGAAAAGUAUAGACUUGAACUAUUAACCAUAAUGUUAUUAGGUACAUUUUUAAACAGUCAGUUACAUAGAAUUUAAGUUCAUGUUUGAAUGUAGACCCCAGCCGGGUAAAUUUCGAACGUGAAUUGGUAUUUUAAUAUCACAGGCGUAUCAACUGGCCAAGUGGUAAAUGUUAACUGUCAUGUCAUACUGAAUUGUACUUUUCAAGAUUUUCUAUCCAAGGAAAAUGCACGGCCGUACUGAACUAAGAGGCGAUACGUUAAAUUCAGUUUAACUUCACGCCUUUGAAUUUUAGAUUUAGUAAUAAAUAAAUAUAAAUUUUUACACUUCUAUAAUCCCUUUAUAUGGAUACCACUUAGCCAUCCAUCUUGGGAUAGAGGCACAGUUGCCAUUAUUAUCAUUUUUGUGCUUUGUAAAAGCGGGUUUCAUUUUUAUUCAAGCAAUUUCCAUUUUUA